CUUCGCUGGCCGGGUACGAUUCAUUUGUUUUUCUUUUUUCCGCCCUUCCAUUUCUGCAUUCUCUGAAGGCUGGGUCCUUCAAUCUCGUUGUUGGGGUUUUCAUACUGGAACGAGAAUCGCAGUCGACCUGCUAGAACGUCUUUGCUUCACUUUGCUGUACAAAUACUCACUUGGACACGAAUCAUGCCUCCAAGCAAGAUACGAUAUCGGAUAGACAGAUCCAGAAUUUCCAAGGCCAAGCCACAUCUCUCUCGAAGCUCAUCUCGCCUUCGUCGAGACGAUGGAGAACCAAAACCUGCCACCGGCUUGCCGCCUAACCUCCCAAACACCAUACUUGGGAAGGCAGCCAACAAUGGCACGGCAGGAGAGGAAUCUGAAAGUGAAUAUGAUGACGAUAGUAGCAGCAGUGACGAUGACAGCAGUAGCGAAGAUGAUGGCGCGAACAGCUCGAGUGAUGACGAAGACAAACCUAUUGGAGCAAGUCUCUCACCAGGCGACUACACAAACGACUCUUCAAGUACCAAGACGGCAGACAAUCCCUUCCUCCCGAAGAGCACAACGGCCUCGGGUAUACCGGCCACCACCACGACGGCGGGCUCAGUGGCAGGGGGUUCCACCAAUCCUGUCACUGCUCCAGGUGAGUCGGCGACAUCAAUCCCCAACAUUGCUGCUGCCACGCAUACGAGUGCAGCUUCGACAUCCAACAGCCAGCCAACCGUCAAUACUUCCGCACACCACCCUGCGAACCACACGGCAGUCAUCGCGGUCGCGUCAAUCAUAGGGGUUGUCGCCGUGGCCACCGCGGUCUACCUGUUGUGCCGAUACUGCAAGCCUGUACGAGACAAAGUCGCCGCCCUCCGUGCUCGACGCAGCCAGAGACUCGGCGACAACGAGAGCCCACCGAGUCCAGACAUGUCCCAGGUCUCCACGGAUGUCAUAGGGCGCCCGAGGCUACAGGCACUGGCGAGUACUCCCAACCUCUUCAGUGGGGGGAAGUUGAAGAAUCCAUUUUCGGACCAGGUACCGCUUGCAGACAGCGAAGUAAGCAGCAACGGCCCAACUCUUCGCCAAGUCAGCGUUCCCAACAAUCAGAGACCGCCGACUUGGGCCUCGAGUGACAGCGACACCACCUACCCGGCGGACACGAUCUUGAACGAGUAUGGCCCAGCAGCUUCGUCACCGCUUACACCACUUCCGGCGGUCCCUGCAUUGCACCCGACGGGUCUGGCCAACAAUCCACCCACGCCGGUCGCAGGGAGACGGGCAGCCCCGCCCCGUCCCCCCUUCCCACGACAGCGAGCCGCCAUCCAGCCGCUCGUGCCGGACCCGGUCGGGGGUCUGAACAUUCGCGAAAGUGUCUCCUCGCCCACACCGACCGACUUCCCCGUGCCCGGUCCAGCGGACUCCGUCGUGAGCCUGGCCCGUCCGUACAGCCAGUACCAACCUCGCAUCCGCAAAUCCAUUACCCCGUCGGAGAGUGCGUCGAACGGGCCGUUCUCGCCGCUCCCUCUGCCCGCUCUGCCCGCGGCGUUCAACUCGCGCUGGAGCAGAAACUCCUCGAGUGUCAACAACGGCAGGUCGACGCAACUGAGCAAGGGCACGGCCAUCAGGAGAGCGAGCGACGGAGAUCCCGUGGCGACACCGCGGCCACCGCCCCUGCCGCUUGCCGUGAAGAGAUCGAGCGCCGGGUCGGUGGCUUCGUCUGUCUGGUCCAGUGGGAGCGGUGCUUCAGUGAAGGACAUGACCCGGUGAAGAGGAGAGCGAAUAAAAGAGUGAGGAAAGAAGAAGAGGGGAUGUUUGUCCAUAUCUAUUAACGAUUGAUUCCUCUUUGCCCCUUUCGAGGCAACAGAGUUCAGUCAUGAUUGUAAAUAAAAGAAAACAUUUUUGGGGGCAAUACGUCCCCGAACAAGCCCCAAAAC